UUGCCACCCCUAGCUACAUGUAGGCCACAUUGUUGUCGCUCUUAGAUUGUAGAGCAGACACAAGCAUUGCCAAAAUUUGGCUCUCAUGAAUAGUUAGUGCAGAGUCUAGUUAGAGCAUAGCAUUAAUGUUUCUUAAGAUUGAUUGGUGAUGAUCCUCUCAUACCUAAUUUUGAUCUGAAUUUAUAGAUUACCAACCUAAUGGGCAAGCACCAAUUUCAAGCACGGACAAGCAAAUAGGGCCUCAAACUCACCCUGAUGGCACUGUGGAGGCCUACUCUCCCCCUCGACGGUUAACAACAGACGAGAUCCCCCAAAUCGUCAACGAUUUCAGACUUGCCGCAAGGAAUGCCAUCGACGCUGGCUUUGAUGGGGUCGAAAUACACGGUGCGCAUGGCUAUUUAAUUGAGCAAUUCAUGAAGGACUGUGCUAACGACCGAACCGACGAGUACGGGGGGAGCCUUGAGAACCGGUGCCGCUUUGCGCUAGAGAUUGUCGAAGCGGUCGUCAAUGAGAUCGGAGCAGGCAGAGUCGCAAUAAAGCUCUCACCUUUUGAGGACUACAUGGAUUGCUGGGACUCAAAUCCAGAAGCUCUUGGGCUCUACAUGGUCAAAUCGCUAAACAAGUACAACAUUCUCUACUGCCAUAUGGUUGAACCCCGAAUGUGUAUCGUCGAAGGGCGGCGCCAAAUCCCUCAUAGGCUUCUUCCUAUGAGGAAAGCUUUUAAUGGAACUUUUAUUCCCGUGGGAGGAUACGAUAGAGAGGAAGGGAACAAAGUGGUUAAUGAAGGUUAUGCUGAUCUUGUGGCUUAUGGCCGCUUGUUCUUGGCUAAUCCUGAUUUGCCGAAGCGAUUCGAGCUUAAUGCGCCAUUGAAUCAGUAUGAUAGAACGACAUUUUACACUUCUGAUCCUGUUGUUGGGUACACAGAUUACCCAUUUCUCGAGUCUUCUGUUUGAAUUUUUUGCCGAUUUGUUUUGUUAAUCAAUGUUAGUGAUAUGAGAGUGGUACGUAGAGUUGAGAUUGUUGGUUUUCCUCAUGUAACAUGGCAUUGUUUACACUACACAGGCAUCAUGAAUAAAGUGAUUUUACAGGUGAA